AUGGUUGCAUUGCUGUCGUUGUUGCGGUCGGAUUUCAAGCAGCAGCAGCAGCAUCAGCAGCAGCACCAGCAACAGCAGCAGCAGCAGCAACAACAACACCAACAUCAGCAACAACAACAGCCGCAGCAGCAGCAACAGACGAGCAAGAAGGUUCGUUCGUCGAUGUCGGGUAUCGCAACUACGAUGAGAGGAGGUGUCGUUUUGGCAAGCAGACGCGUGAGCAACACCGGUGAUAGUAACAGCUACGACAGCGGAAACGACAAUGGUGGUGGUGGUGGUGCGCGUACGUCUACCCGCGAGGUGGUAUUUCCCGAUUCGGUCGUGUACAUGGGCGUACCUCACGAGCAACAACGAAAAUUUAGGUGCCGAUUUUGCGGAAAGGGUUACCGAUGGAAGAGCACGAUGCGUCGUCACGAGAUGGUCGAGUGCGGUGGUAAACCUCCUGCGUUUCAGUGUCCCGAGUGUCCUUACAAGGCCAGGCAACGUGGCAAUCUCACGGUACAUUACAAACGACAUCAUCAGAAGAUCGGUUACGACGAAGGCGCCUAA